AAUAUUUGAAAUAAUGUCAGUCAAAAUGACAAAUAAUUUAAUCGUGAUUUCAUAAAGUCUAUGGUAUUAUUUUGAUAAAUCAUUAUAAUUUUUUAAGUGUUUAAUUUUUAACGGAUUUUAUAUUUUGACGUUUCUUUGGCGAUAAAAUGUCGUUCUACCCACCUUCUGGAAGAACGUCGGACAAUGGCGUGGAAGAAAAAUGGCGGCGAGGCUUCGCCAAUCGAGACUCAACGGAGAGCAGUGAAGUACGAAAUAGAAAUUAUGCCUAUGCCGAAUCGGAUGCUACAUCUCCCAUACCAAACAAAUAUGGUUUGCAUUACUUCCAGUCUUCAAUGUUUGCGACUAUUCUGGAAGAUGCCAUAACAGAAUUAAGAAUUUUGGCGGAAUGCAACAACGAAAUGCGCGUGACAAAACAAACACGGACAUAGACAAGUUACGGGCCGUCAAGUACUCCGUGAUGCAGCCCGCGGUACAAGACGAGCUGGACGGUAUCAACCGCUCCAACCUCGACGCCAACAACUACAAGCUCGAUAAACUCGAUAAUGAUAAGAAAUACGUGACCGACGUUCUUCUUUCAACGUACUUGGACCUCUCCAUGAAUCGGAGCUGGCGAGCGCUGCAAGAUAAAAACCAAGCGAUAUUAGAUUUGUACAACAGGCGUGUCUCACUCGCUGAAGAGGAAACUAGGAAUAGAAUCACUCGCCGUGAUCUAAUGAGGCAGCUGAGACAGCAACGUAAUCACAUCAAGUCGGUAACAUACGACACUGAUGCCGUCAUAGACAAUCUGAAGACACAAGUUGAGGACGCAGCUCUGAACGCCGAGAUCCGAGGUCGGUACGUAGAUAACUGGCAGCAAGCACGCUCCGAACAACACGCACAGAAGAUUGCCUACGUAGAAAUGGGACCAUCCGACGCGAUAGAGUACUACAAACAGACCAUCGACCGCGAGCAGAGAGUCCACACGGAAGUCGAGAUGCUUAUUAAUAUUAAUAUCAAUGAGACACUUCAGAAAAUUGAGUCUUGGAUGAACAAAUACGACAAAGAUAUAGAAGCACUUGAAAUAAAAAUACAAAAGAAAAAACACGAGCAUGAGAAAAUGGAAGAAAGAAGGCAUGAACUGGAGAAAAGGGUUAUUAUUGCUUUUACUUAUAUCAUGAAUAAUUCUUUGCCACAAAGAGUCAUGAGUAUAAACAAAUUUGUGGAUCCCCUUGAGUAUUUAAGUAUAAACUUGAGUAUUUAUAAAGGUUUAAUUUUAUGGCAUGGGUGA